AUUCACCGAUAUUUAAUUUUUUUUUUUUUAACACAACCAGGUUUUUCUACCUUCAUCAGAUUAGAUAGUUGUUGUAAAACAAACCGUGUCAUUGUUGUUGCAGAGCCAGAGAGAAGGAUUGUGGUCUUGGGGAAAACUGGAGCUGGAAAGAGCAGCCUUGCAAACAACAUCUUUGAGGAGAAGCUGUUUGAAGUCAACCAUAGUGCAGAUUCUGGAACAAGCAAAUGUAAAGCAGAGUCUAAGUCUCUGAAUCAAAGAAGGAUCAUAUUUGUGGACACUCCAGGCUUCUUUGACACUGGUAGGUCUGAAGAGGAGAUGAAGCGUGAGAUUGUGAGGUGCAUCACUGAGUGUGCUCCUGGUCCUCAUGUGUUCCUCAUCGUUCUCAAAGUGGAGAAGUACACAGACCAAGAGAAGGAAGUUGUGAAAAAAAUGACCCAAUACUUCUCGGAAGAGGCUUUAAAGUUCACAGUGGUGCUCUUCACUCAUGGUGACCAGCUGCCUGAAGAAACUACAAUCGAGGAGUUCGUCAAAAAAAGUGAAGACCUGAAUCAACUGGUGGAGAAAUGUUCCGGCCGCUGCCACGUCUUUGAUAACAAGUACUGGAAUAAUGUCCACCAAGAAGAAUACAGGAGUAACAGUUCUCAAAAAAAGGAGCUCUUUAACACCAUUGACAAGAUUGCUGAGGCAAACAACGGAGGCUACUAUACCAGUAAAAUGCUUCAAGCAGUGAAGGAAAAAAUAGAUAAAGAGGAGGCAAACCUUUCAGCAGAUGAAAGCUCACAAAAGGCUAAAGAAGUUGUGGUUGAAAAGAUGAUAAAGGGAACUUCAGCAGUUAGCUUAACAACACUACUGGGGAUGUUCUUGGGUGGAGUAAUGAAAGUUGUGAGAGAUGGGGAACCAUUGGAGUCUCUUGGAUUAGAAUAGAUGACAAAAAACGUUAUGAGAAGCAAGAGUGAAGACAUGAUCGUCUCAGGAUUAUGAGAAGCUGAGGUCCAGAAGAAAAAGUGUGUGGUCAAUAAUUGAUGAAAACGUAAUUAAACCUGUUCAUUGUACAUGGUUAUCCAAAUAUAGAACAUUAAAUAUGAAACUGGAAGGUUGAUGAAUAGAUUCUGAGCUGAAGACUUUUGUUUGCUACAUUUUUGAUCAACAUGUAAAAUCAUAUGGUAACAAUCCUUGUUUUAUUUCUCUUUGUGGGUUAAAUGCAGUUA